AUGCUCGCUGAUGAUGCUAAACAAGCUCUUGGAGUAGAUGGUGCUCUUUGGCUUGACUGGUGGCUUUGCUUCAGGCUUCGGCCUCAACUGGAUGGGUUUCUCAACGAUAGGUUUCCUAUCCUCAAGGGGUCACUCGGGCAUGAUCUGAUCGACGUUCGAUCAUUACUCUCUCAAGCCAAUCUGCUCACCUACGAUCCAGGAUUCAUGUGCACUGCAAGCUGCAUCUCCAAUAUCUGCUACAUCAACGGUGAGAAGGGAGAAUUGCUUUACCGUGGCUACCGCAUCGAGGAUCUGGCAUAUCAUUCAACCUAUAUGGAGACAUGCUACUUACUACUGUACGGCACUUUGCCAUCGCAUAGCUAACUCACCAAGUUCGAAGAGGUAGUCUUGGGAGAGAUGAUGAUCAAUUAAAAAAUGAUAGAGUUUUAUAAAGGAUUCAGAAGCUAAGCUCAUCCCAUGGCCAUCAUGGUUGGCGUCGUUGGAGCCCUUUCUGCCUUCCUCCACUCAGACUAUGAUCUUCAACCCACGGAUAGGCAGGAAAUGGCCAUCAAAUUGAUAGCUAAAAUGCCAACUCUUGCUGCCUACGCCUAUCGUACUGCUAUGGGUCUUCCUAUAGUGUAUCCCAAAAAAAAUUUCGGCUACAUGAAAAAUUUCCUCUACAUGAUGUUCUCUAACCCAAUGAGUGAUAAAUUCGAUAUUGACCCGGAAAUCAUUCGCGCCCUGUAGGUCAUAUGGAUUUGCCACGCCGAGCAUGAGCAAAAUGCAUCAACCUCUACCGUCCGUAUCGCUGGCAGCUCGCAUGCCAAUCCCUUCGCUUGCAUCGCAGCAGGCAUAGGAUCACUGUGGGGACCCUAUCACGGUGGAGCCAAUGAAGCUGUCCUCAAUAUGCUUGAAGAAAUUCUCAACGAGGGUGCCUCGAUUCAGGAUAUCAUCAGUCGUUCCAAAGAUAAAAACUCUAACUUCCGUCUUAUGGGAUUUGGGCAUCGCGUUUACAAAAAUUUUGACCCUCCCACUAUCAUGCAGAAGAUGUGCUACACGGUUCUAGAAACCAUUCAGGAUAAUGAAACGAAGCCUCUUCUUGAUCUUGCAAUCAACCUCGAAAAGGAAGCCCUUGCCGACGAUUACUUCAUCAAGCGAAAGCUUUACCCCAACGUAGACUUCUACACAGGUAUUGUCUACAAGGCUAUCGGCAUUCCCAAGGAUAUGUUUACUGUCCUUUUUGCAGUCUCAAGAAGCGUGGGUUGGAUGGCACACUGGUGCGAGAUGAUGAACGAAAACACGAACCGCAUUAGCCGUCCGAGGCAAAUGUACGUGGGAUCUAAGCACCGCUAAUACGAAAAAGUGGAGGACAGGAGUAACGAGGACUCACGAGUGCUUGAGAUGCCAAAGCUAUGCAAGCUUACUAGUCUCAUGAAGUUGUGA